GGACAUGCCCUUCCCCUACGGCAGCCUGCUCCGCUGCCUCUUCCCGGCGCUGCUGCUGCACGGGCUCGGAGAAGGUUCUGCUCUUCUUCACCCGGACAGCAGGUCACACCCUCAGUCCUUGGAGAAGAGUGCCUGGAGGGCCUUCAAGGAGUCACAGUGUCACCAUAUGCUGAAACAUCUCCACAAUGGAGCCCGCAUCACCGUGCAGAUGCCUCCCAAUAUUGAGGGACACUGGGUCUCCACUGGCUGUGAAGUUAGAGCAGGCCCAGAGUUCAUCACAAGAUCUUACAGAUUCUACCACAAUAAUACAUUUAAGGCCUACCAGUUUUAUUAUGGUGGCAAUCACUGCACAAAUCCCAUCUAUACCUUAGUUAUCCGUGGCAAAAUUCGUCUCCGACAAGCAUCCUGGAUCAUCCGAGGGGGCACUGAAGCUGAUUAUCAGCUACGCAGCAUACAAAUCAUAUGCCACAAUGAAGCAGUAACCAAAAAAAUAAGUGAGCUGGUGAACCAGACAUGUCCUGGAUUUAUACCAGAAGAUAGUCCUUGGGAACAGGAUGUGAGCUAUGAUUUGCUGAGAGAAGAGAACGGUUGUGAAUGCACCAAGGCUCUGAAUUUUGCCAUGCACGAACUGCAGCUGAUCCGCGUAGAAAAACAGUAUCUGCAUCACAAUUUAGAUCACCUUGUGGAGGAGCUAUUUCUCGGAGACAUCCACACGGAUGCUACUCAGAGAAGGUACUAUCGGCCUUCUAGUUACCAGCCUCCUCUUCAGAAUGCCAAGAACCACGACCACACGUGCAUUGCGUGCAGAAUCAUCUACCGCUCGGACGAGCAGCACCCUCCCAUCCUGCCCCCCAAGGCGGAUUUGACCAUGGGGCUGCACGGCGAGUGGGUGAGCCAGCGGUGCGAGGUGCGCCCCGAGGUGCUCUUCCUCACGCGGCACUUCAUCUUCCACGACAACAACAACACCUGGGAAGGCCACUACUACCACUACUCCGACCCCAUCUGCAAGCACCCCACCUUCACCAUCUACGCCAAGGGGCGCUACAGCCGCGGGGUGCACUCCUCCAAAGUGAUGGGGGGCACUGAGUUCGUGUUCAAAGUAAAUCACAUGAAGGUCACUCCCAUGGACAUCUCCACGGCCUCGCUGCUGAACGUCUUCAACGGGAACGAGUGCGGAGCGCAGGGAUCCUGGCAGGUGGGGGUGCAGCAGGACGUCACCCACACCAACGGCUGCAUCGCGCUGGGCAUCCGCCUCCCUCACACUGAGUACGAGAUCUUCAAGAUGGAACAGGACGCCCGGGGCCGGUACCUGCUGUACAACGGCCAGAGACCGAGCGAUGGCUCCAGCCCGGACCGGCCGGAGAAGAGAGCCACUUCCUACCAGAUGCCUUUAAUUCAGUGCGCUUCCUCCGUGCCCAGAGCUGAAGAGUCACCAGAGGAGAAUAAAAUAAGUCUGUACAGCAGCAGGGCAGCAGAAAAAUAUUCCAGCGCCCCAGCUCUUGCUUUGGUGUUGUUUAUUUGUACUGUGUCAUAUUGGGACAUGCUCAGCUAGAAGUGAAAAAACUAUUUUUCAUGACUACAAAGCCAGGAUUCCAUAAGACUGAGGGCUGUUUUUCUUCAGAAUGAAAGGGACGUUUAUUUCCUUGAUGCACUUGAAUGCCUGACAAGUGUUGUUCUUUUCCCUGUUUCCCCCUGCUCCUUGAAUCAUGGACGGCACUCAUUUGAUGUCUGUGCUUUGAACUUCAUCCAGUCUGAUCCCUGGCCUGACAUGACUGCACAAAAGUAAUUGCACUUUAGGACUGCAGACUUUGGGGGGAGGGAAGGGGUCUCCUUUUCUUCACUGCUGGGGGGAGCCUUACAGUCCUGCUUCAGCUGCCGCUGCCAUUUCACCAGUGUGGUACUUUCCUCCCCAAGGCUCAAUUUCUCAUCAGAUUUUAACUCCGAGGAAUCACUCAGUGUAGUGGCAAUACUGUGAUAACAGCUUCCCCCUUUGACUUUAGGGCUCUGCUGUAGAUAUAUGUAUAUAAGAAAGAAAGCCACRCGGAUUUAUCUAAUCGUUAUCUCACACCUCAUAACACAAAAAGGAUCUGCAAAUCAAACACACCUCCAUUCAGACAAGUUGGUAUCUCCGAUUAAAAAUAUUUUAAGUAAUUUGAUCUAUUUUUACAAUCAUGAAGUUGCAGAAACCAAUGACUUAGUAUUUUCUUUYUCAAUUUCCUUAAUUGCUUCUAGGCCUCCCUUUCUAUCUAGUGAGUAGUUGCAACCAACCCCUCUUAAAGCCAGRUAGAAAAUGUAUUUUUUUAAUCACAUGUGCACUGUACAAGUAAGUUGCUGAUAUWAGGCUGAAGUGACAGGCUCUGUUCUCAUUUUCACAAGGUCUUAUGUACUGUCUAUGCAAUAUUCGUGCCUUGGAUUUGGUUUUAUCCAAGUGGAUAAACCAAAGAAGCAUAUAGGGCUUUAAUAUAUUCUGCAGUCCAAUCUGGCAGCACAGGUUUAAUGCAACAUUAGGUAGGAAUAAGCAAAGGAAGUGCCCUGGUGAGCCCCAGUAUCGUCURGAGACAAGAGCCCUAGUAUUGUUUAGAGAGCAAGAAAGCAGUAGGAACCAGCCUCACAUCCAUCUCACGUAGGGAGAUUGACCCAGUAUUCUGGGAGGAGUUGGAGUUACAUGAACAGCCUUCUGCUCAUUUUCCCCUUGCUUGAGRUUGUGGUUUCUCCGAAUCCAAACCUCAUCAGUCUGGGGAGACAUCACUCCAAAGAAACAGGCAGAGCCCUCAGACAGCUUCCCGCUGCAGCCCCCUCCCCAGACACCCCAGGAUCUCCCCCAGGAGAAAUAUCUUCUCCUGYGCUCACAGAUAGGAACCACAGCAAGUGGAUCCUGUCAGGAGAGCCAACAGAGAGUUAAGAGCAGUGAGGAGGUUCGGGUYGCAGAUGAACCCUGCUGCUCCCCUGCUUUGAUGGGCACCAAGGCGAGGACAUGGCUUAGCCUUGCAGCAUUUGCAGUGGGUCUUUACUAGUACAUGGAGCAUUCUGUCUUACAGGAGGAGCAGGAACCUGUGUGAGAAACCAGAGCAAGGUCAUAAUGUUUCUACACCACUAUCUAAGUAGAACCUGCCAAGUGUGGACCAGAGAGGAAGAGCCCUCCAAAGUAUUUCUUUUUUUAGGCCUUAUAGGAAAAGCAUAUUUGAAUAAAGGUCUGUCAGCCUUACAUAGAAGAGUCCAUACUGUGUGCUAUAGCAAAAGCAUUCCUUAAAAACAGUGAUACCAUCAGUCUUGCUAGCAGAACAGGCAGGAAAAAGCUAUUUGAGUAGCAAUGAUGACACUGAGGCUCCCUGACCAACUCCCACAAAGUUGCUGCCUUCCUCACAGUUUUGCAAGCUGCUGUCAGCCUUUGAUGCACAUUUCCUCACUGAGGGGCACUAAAUCAGGGCAAUUCACCUGCUUUGGGGAGAGCAGGAACAAGAGGAACCGCAGACUCCCAUUGCUAUAGCAGAUGACACCUCUCACAUUUUUUUUUUUUUCCCUCAGAUGAAAAGUCAGAGAAAACCCAGCUCAGCUUUCAGAAACACAGCUCAGGAGUCACCCGAAUGUACUCAUGAUGAAUCGAGCCCCAAGAACAAGAGCUGGUCUCAUCAGCAUUUCUUGCUWUGUCUACUCUGCACGGCUCAACCUAUUCAGAGAGGGUCCGUUCUGGAUGAGCUGCAGGUGGAGAGGAGUUAGGAGCAUAGUUCAGAACUGAAGGGUCAAGGGAGAGACAUGAUCACUAUACUUCUGAAAGAGGACUUUAACUAGGGAUUUAAGGGAUUUUCUCCAUCCAGUUAACUGGAUGUUCUCCAUCCAUAAAACUUCAGUUUUAUGUCCAACAGAUUCACACCAGCAUGUCUCCAACGGAGCAACUGCUGGUCUAUUACUAGUCAGAGAAGUCCCUUCAGAUACUGGCUUAGUUCCUGACUUCUAAGAUGCAUGAGCAAAUCUAUGCGCAUUUCAGUUUAUUAAGAUGCACACUGGGCAUUUAUUAAGAUGCAAUGCAGGGCUGAAGCCUACAGCAGGACUGGUCUUCAACACGAUACACAAUGCUCAGUAGGGCAAUGGCCCAUAUAUUUAYUAGUGCUUCAUAGCUCCUCUGUAAAUUGCUUAGUACCAGAAUUAUAAAUUUCAAAAGACUUGUCUAGUUUUCUUCUGAAAARCAUAUUCUAUCAAAAUACAAAAAACACUCGUUUUGAAUCUUGCAAAAAUGUAGGUUUGCUGAGAGUUUUCUCACUUGCACUAAUGGCAAGUGUAUCAGAACUUAGGAACCGUGCAAGAAUUGCCUUUUUUUCCUUUGAGCUAGAAGACACUUAAAAAGGAAGCACAGCCCAAUGCAUUGCAAGAAGGUUGAUUUGGGGCUCUUCCACUUCAUUUGUAGUGUCGAUUAGGAACAAAAUUUCAUGAUCUGAAAAAUUUUCAUAGCAUAUGCUACACUAGCCUCCUGCCUUGUGUCUGUAUAUAAAUAUACCUUUUAUUUUCCCAUUUGUCAAAACAAGCCAAAGCCAUGUACUUUAUUAGUCAAUCCAUGUUCUCUGGAGGGGUUCUCCUGGGUUACAGGCACAGGAGCCAAGCUUCCUUCAUCUUCUCCUUUCAUCACACAGACUAAACKCACAGCUGUACAGCGCCGUGCACACACAUGGCAAAAUAAGCUCUGCUCAUUGCACUGGC